CUAGGACGGACCGGAAAUAAGACCGGAAGCAGGAAGACACGAAUGUAGCUAGCUGGUAGCUAACCAUGCAUAUAUUAUUAAUUGUACCGGUAAAAAUGUUCAAUAUGUUCAAACUGUAACGUUAGUAACAAGCUAGUGUCCCGUAGAGCCUUCUGUUGUUUUGCGGAUAGACAGAAGAAUCUAACCCGGAAGCUGGCCUGGAAGAAAGAAUAUGCUCAUGUUGAUAGCUAGCAAACAUUAGAUGAGUUAGUUUGCUAGUGUGAAAUGUGUCUGAUAUCAUUUAAUACCGUUUAAAUUAGACUUUGAUAUUGCCCAACCUGGACUAUAUACGUGGAACUAGCGAUGUUUUCAACGGCCAUUUCAUAUAGUUUUGUUAUCGGGUCUAAAGUAAAUUAUCGCUACCGUUGCCCUAAAUAGUUAGUUAACUGAGUUGUCGAAUAGUUUUGUAUGGAAAGUAAUCCGCUAGCUAAUGUGACCUCGUGGCAAACCGUCGGGGACUUGAGAAGAAUCUGCUUUAGUUUAAUUCAGUGACCCAACUCUUUCAUAGGAAACUAUUUCUGAAGAAUUCACGAUGAAUGAGUAUUCUGCUGAUCCGUCCAACCCCCCUCUCUCCUGCUCCACUGAACCCAACCCUCCAGAGUCACUGGUUCCUGACUCUAACCAUAGAGACAUCGACAACUGCAGUGAAAUACCCAGAUUUAACAUUGUAGUCAAGGAGGAGGAAGACUGGGACGUGGAUAAUACUGUUGAAAGAGGAGAGAGUUCUAACUCCAGUGAUGGGGUACCAGCAGAACCUGAACAGCACCAGGAGAAUCCUAGAGCUAAGAAGCUUUGGCGCUGCCCAGAAUGUGGAAUAGAGAUCGCUCACCCAUCUAAUUUCAACAGACACCUGAGAACACACACAAAACCUGCUAAGGAGUCUUCCGUCUGUCCAGUAUGUGGAAAAGACUUUGUUCACCCCUCCAAACUGAAGAGACACCUCCGAACACAUACAGGAGAGAAGCCUUACCAGUGCUCUGUGUGCGGGAAGCGAUUCACACUGAAGCCCCACCUGGAAAGACAUCAGAUGACCCACCCUGGAGAGAAGCAGCCAGACGCGACAAAGAAGCACCCGUGCUCCGAUUGUGGAAAGGAAUGUUUCUCUGCAUAUGAACUGAAGAUGCACAUGAGAAAGCACACAGGGGAGAGACCUCACCAGUGCUCCUACUGCGAGAUGAGCUUUGGCUGUAAGGGAACUCUAUCGAGACACGUACGACGCCAUACAGGAGCACCCACACCAAAACCUUACCAAUGCUCACAGUGUGGGAAGAGAUACGAGUCACCAUCGAGGCUGAGGCAGCAUCAGACUAUGCACACUGGAGAGAAACCUUACGAGUGCUCUGAUAGCGGGAGGGGUUUCGCUUCGACCAAAGGUCUUCUCAAACGUCAAUGCAGCCAUGUCAGUAACCAUAGCAACCAGUGUACACUGGGAAUUUCAGAUACGGCGUCAUCAGGCAGUCGAACUAUGAAUAUCAAGAUCGAAGACGAGGAACAGGAGCUGGCAAUUAAUGUCAAAGAGGAGGAGGAGGAAAUUAGUAUUUUUGUCUAUGCUGAUAGAGAGAAACCUUACCAGUGUACAUCCUGUAAAAAUACCUUUGUUCACCGUAGCUCUCUAGCAAGACACAAAAAAUCCCACACUAGUGCCGCACAAUACAGCUGCUCAGAAUGUGGGAAGGAAUUCAGCCAAUCGUGUACUUUCAAGAUACACAUGCAACAGCACACCGGAGAGAACCCGUACCACUGCUCUCAGUGUGAUAAGAGUUUCUCAGCUUCACCACUCCACAAAAGACACCAACGAGCUCACCCCUGCUCUCUCUGCAGAGAGAAAUUCUCCUCAUCAGCAAAUCAGUCCUGUCUCCAUGCUGGAGCUGUGACUAGCCUGAGCCAAGCUCCUGGACAGGGAUCACGGCAGCAGGUGUCUGCAGCGGUAGAGGAGUCUGUUGUACUGGAUGUCAAAGUGAAAGAUGAGGAAGAUCCUGCUUUUGCAGAGAGACCUGACCACUGCUCUGAGAGCGAAGGGAGUCCCUCUACAUCAGGACUACCUAAACAACACCAGGGGAAUCGCACAGCUAAGAAGAUUCAUUGCUGUUCAGUGUGUGGAAAAAACUGUCACAAGUUAUCAAAACUACAAACACAUAUGAGAACUCACACAGGAGAAAAACCGUACUCCUGCUCUGUCUGUGGGAAGCAAUUCAGUGAGAAUGGAAACCUGAAAAAACACCAGACUUUGCACACAGGAGAGAAGCUGUACAGUUGCACCGUGUGCGGGGAAAGUUUCUCUUCAUCGUCAAAUCUUACCAAACACCAGAGAACACACACAGGAGAGAGUCCAGUGUCUGUAGCUGUAGAAGAGUGUGGUCUGACAUCAGCACUGGUUAUCAAAGUGAAAGAGGAGGAAGAGGAUCCUGCUUUUGCAGAGAGACAUGACCACUGCUCUGACAGUAAAGGGAGUCCCUCUACAUCAGAACUACCUGAACAACACCAGGGGAAUCACACAGCUAAGAAAAUUCACUGCUGUUCAGUGUGCGGACAAGACUGCAAAAAGUUAUCAAAACUGCUAAUACAUAUGAGAAUACACACAGGAGAAAAGCCAUACCCUUGCUCUGUCUGUGGAAAGCAGUUCCGUGUAAAAAGACAUCUUCAAGACCACCAGACAGUGCACACUGGAGAGAAACCUUACGUCUGCUCCAAAUGUGACAAAAGGUUUGGUUUCGCCUCAGCCUUGAAAAGGCACCAGUGGUUACACAUAGAAGAGAAACCUUACUCCUGCUCUGUGUGUGGGAAGGGUUUUAGCUUACAAUCACGCAUGAAGGAACACUUCCUGGUGCAUUCAGGAGAGAAACUCCACUCCUGCUCUGUCUGUGAAAAGAGUUUCAGCCGUCCAGAUCAGUUAAAGGACCACUCUCUGCAACAUGCAGGGAAACCCCACCACUGUUCUAUGUGUGAGCUAAGCUUUGCCUUGUCUAAACAACUCCUGAAGCAUGAGAAGACUCACACAGGAAAGAGACCUUAUAGUUGCUCUGUGUGUGGGAAGAGUUUCAGCGAGAAGGCGUAUCUUGAAGACCACCGGUCAGUGCACACUGGGGAGAAACGACAUCCUUGCCCUGAUUGUGACAAGAAGUUUGGAUGUGCUUCGUCCCUGCGUAAACACGGACUGUUGCACAUAGAAGGGAAAUCCCACUCCUGCUCUGUGUGUGGGAAGAGUUUUUCUGAAGCACGUUACUUGAAGGAGCAUUUCCGGACACACACUGGAGAGAAACCUUUCUCCUGCCCUGUCUGCGAAAAGAGUUUUGCAAGAUCAGCAAGCCUUAAAGUCCACCACAGAUAUCAUACAGGAGAGAAACCUUACAGCUGUACUAAAUGCGGCCAGAGCUUUAUUAGUUCUCAAAAACUUCAGAGACAUCAGAAAACUCAUGCUGGUUUACCACCUGUUGAGUUUCAAAACCCUGUUACAAUUGAAGGAGAGAUGGAGGGAGAAGAAGAGGAAGUUGGUGGUCUGAUUAAUUCAGAUGGAGAAGCGGUUGGUUGGGAUCUUCAUCGUCUCGACGGGAGUUCGGAGGGGAGAGACUCUACAUCAGGAGAACCUAAAGAAACCUAGGGGGAUCUCAAAGCUCAGAGAAACAGUUGCUCUGUGUGUGGGAAAGACUGGCAACGGUUAUUUGAUCUGAAAAGACACAUGACAACGCACACUGGAGAGAAACCGCACAGCUGUUUUGUUUGUGGGAAGAGUUUUAGACGAGCAGACCUCAUGAAGCUACACUUUUGGACACACAAAGGAGACGCAGGGGAGAAACCUUACCACUGUUCUGUCUGUGGGAAGGGUUUGACAAGAUCAUCAGACCUUAACAUAUACAGUAGAGAGAACUUACAGCCUUGUCGAAUGUGGCCAGAGAUUUACCACUUCUCAGAGUCUUGGGAGACACAAGAAGAGACGCCACAUCUCACUUCCUGAGGACCAGGCUGGCGGGGUCAAGACUGAAGACUCUAAUAGUAUCAUAGAUGAAGAGGAGGCAUCCUCUUAUGUCAACGGUAGCACGGUGGAAGGGGGGAAACAAGAACUAACCCUAAACAUCUUGAAGUAAAAUAUAUACAGUGCCUUCGGAAAGGAUUCAGACCCCUUGACUUUUUGCACAUUUUGUUACGUUACAGCCUCAUUUUAAAAUUGAUUAAAUCGUUUUUUUCCCCUCAUCAACAUUCACACAAUAACCCGCAAUGACAAAGCAAAAACGGGGCUUUUUUCCCCGGAAAUGUCACAUUUACAUACAGUUGAAUUCGGAAGUUCACAUACACCUUAGCCAAAUACAUUUAAACUAAAUUUUUCACAAUUCCUGACAUUUAAUCGUAGUAAAAAUUCCCUGUCUUAGGUCAGUUAGGAUCACCACUUUAUUUUAAUAAUGUGAAAUGUCAGAAUAAUAGUAGAGAGAAUGAUUUACUUCAGCUUUUAUUUCUUUCCUCACAGUGGGUCAGAAGUUUACAUACUCAAUUAGUAUUUGGUAGCAUUGCCUUUAAAUUGUUUAACUUGGGUCAAACGUUUCGAGUAGUCUUCGACAAGCUUCCCACAAUAAGUUGGGUGAAUUUUGGCCCAUUCCUCCUUACAGAUGUAACUGAGUCAGGUUUGCAGGCCUCCUUGCUCGCACACGCUUUUUCAGUUCUGCCCACAUAUUUUCUAUCGGAUUGAGGUCAGGGCUUUGUGAUGGCCACUCCAAUACCUUGACUUUGUUGCCUGAAGCCAUUUUGCCACACCUUUGUAAGUAUGUUUGGGGUCAUUGUCCAUUUGGAAGACCCAUUUGCAACCAAGCUAUAACUUCCUGACUGAGGUCUUGAGAUGUUGCUUCAAUAUAUCCACAUAAUUUUCCGUCCUCAUGAUGCCAUCUAUUUUGUGAAGUGCACCAGUCCCUCCUGCAGCAAAGCAACCCCACAACAUGAUGCUGCCACCCCCGUGCUUCACGGUUGGGAUGGUGUUCUUUGGCUUGCAAGCUUCCCCCUUUUACCGCCAAACAUAACGAUGGUUAUUAUGGCCAAACAGUUCUAUUUUUGUUUCAUCAGACCAGAGGACAGUCCUCCAAAAAGUACGAUCUUUGUCCCCAUGUGCAAUUGCAAACCGUAGUCUGGCUUUUUUAUGGCGGUUUUGGAGCAGUGGCUUCUUCCGUGCGCAGCGGCCUUUCAGGUUAUGUCGAUAUAGGACUCGUUUUACUCCUCCAGCAUCUUCACAAGGUCAUUUGCUGUUGUUCUGGGAUUGAUUUGUUAUUUUUCGCACCAAACUAUGUUCAUCUCUAGGAGACAGAACGCAUCUCCUUCCUGAGCGGUAUGAUGGCUGCUUGGUCCCAUGGUGUUUAUACUUGCGUACUAUUGUUUGUACAGAUGAACGUGGUACCUUAAGGCAUUUGGAAAUUUCUCACUUUUUUGGCUGAUUUCUUUUGAUUUUCCCAUGAUGUCAAUCAAAGAGGCACUGAGUUUGAAGGUAGGCCUUUAAAUACAUCCACAGGUAAACCUCCAAUUGACUCAAAUGAUGUCAAUUAGCCUAUCAGAAGCUUCUAAAGCCAUGACAUUUUCUGGAAUUUUCCAAGCUGUUUAAAGGCACAGUCAACUUAGUGUAUGUAAACUUCUGACCCAUUGGAAUUGUAAUACAGUGAAUUAUAAGUGAAAUAAUCUGUCUGUAAACAAUUGUUGGAAAAAUUACUUGUCAUGCACAAAGUAGAUGUCCUAACCGACUUACCAAAACUAUAGUUUGUUAACAAUAAAUUUGUGGAGUGGUUGAAAAAAUAGUUUUAAUGACUCCAACCUAAGUGUAUGUAACCUAAACUUCCGACUUCAGCUGUAAGCAUUCAGACCCUGUACUCAGUACUUUGUUGAAGCACCUUUGGCAGCGAUUACAGCCUCGAGUCUUCUUGGCUAUGACGCUACAAGCUUGGCACACCAGUAUUUGGGGAGUUUCUCCCAUUCUUCUCUGCAAAUCCUCUCAAGCUCUGUCAGGUUGGAAUAGGAGCGUUGCUGCACAGCUAUUUUCUGGCCUCUCCAGAGAUGAUCAAUAGUGUUCAAGUCCGAGCUCUGGCUGGGCCACUCAAGGACAUUCAGAGACGUGUCCUGAAGUCACUCCUGCGUUGUCUUGGCUGUGUGCUUAUGGUCGUUGUCCUGUUGGAAGGUGAACCUUUGCCCCGGUCUGAGCGCUCUGGAGAAAGUUUUCAUCAAGGAUCUCUCUGUUCUUCUUUCCCUCAAUCCUGACUAGACUUUCAGUCCCUGCCGCUGAAAAACAUCCCCACAGCAUGAUGCUGCCACCACCAUGCUUCACCGUAGGGAUGGUGCCCGGUUUCCUCCAGAUGUGACGCUUGGCAUUCAGGCCAAAGAAUUCAAUCUUGGUUUCAUCAGACCAGAGAAUAUGGUUUCUCAUGGUCUGAGUCCUUGAGGUGCCUUUGGGCAAACUCCAAGCGGGCUGUCGUGUGCCUUUUACUGAGGAGUGGCUUCCGUCUGGCCACUCUACCAUAAAGGCCUGAUUGGUGGAGUGCUGCAAAGAUGGUUGUCCAUCUGGAAGGUUUGCCCAUCUCCACAGAGGAACUCUGGAGCUCUGUCAGAGUGACCAUCUGGUUCUUGGUCAUCUCCUUGACCAAGGCCCUUCAACACCGAUUGCUCAGUUUGGCCGGGCGGCCAGCACAAGGAAGAGUCUUGGUGGUUCCAAACUUCUUCCAUUUAAGAAUCAUGGAGGCCACUGUGUUCUUGGGGUCCUUCAAUGCUCCAGAAAUGUUUUGGUACCCUUCUCCAGAUCUGUGCCUCAACACAAUCCUGUCUCGGAGCUCUACGGACAAUUUGUUCGACCUCAUGGCUUGGUUUUUGCUCUGACAUGCACUGUCAACUGUGAGACCUUAUAUAGACAGGUGUGUUCCUUUACAAAUCAUGUCCAGUCAAUUGGAUUUACCCCAGGUGGACUCCAAUCAAGUUGUAAAUACAUCUCAAGGAUGAUCAAAGGGUCUGAAUACUUAUUUAAAUACGAUAUUUCUGUUUAGUUUUUUUUGCCAACAAAAAAAUUGCCAGCGUGUCUAAAAACCUGUUUCAGCUUUGUCGUUGUGGGGUUAUUGUGUCGUUGUGGGGUAUUGUGUGGAGAUUGUUGAGGAUUUUUAAUUUAAUCCAUUUUAGAAAAAGGCUGUAACGUAACAGAAUGUGUAAAAAGUCAAGGGGUCUGAGUACUUUCUGAAUGCGCUGUGCUUCCUGGAAGAACACUGGUGUACGUUUACAAGAAGCACUCUUUAUUUAGAUGUUUAUACUCAACAAAGACGGCUAAAUAUUGUGAAAAUAUGUUAUCUGUAGUGUUGUGUAAAAAAAUAAAGAGCCAAGUAAAUAA